GUUUGUAAUAUCGCGAAGUCUUGCGCAGGUGACACAUAGCCUAGACGGCGUAAUCAAAAGCGAAGUGCUACUCACCAAACAAGCAGGUUCUCCCGCUGUGUGAGUGCAGGCAGCUGAAGAUGGGGCGUGGCUACAUUGUGGAGGAGAUAGUGCAAAAGUACCUGUUCAACCUCACAGCUGCAGGAGCGACCAGCGUGACCGGACUGCUGAUCGGACAGAGCGCCCCCCAGAGGGACUACGUGGUACUGGCAGCCAGGACCCCUCCGAGGGACCAGACCGGAGAGGAGCGGGGCCAAGCGUCCAGCGCCACAGCAGCUGGAACAUCAUUGGACCAUGAGACGGAUGUGGAGUGGGUGUCAGAGCACGCUCGUCAGGUCUCCAGGAUGUUGCCGGGGGGCCUGUCUGUAGUGGGAGUGUUCCUCCUCACCCCCCCUGAGGGGGCUAAGGAGGCGCAGAACACGCUCCGACGGCUGGUGUUUGCGGUGGACAAGCUCAUCUCUGGCUGUCGUCUGUGGAGCCUGUCAGAGGAUGAUGUCACUGACAGAGUCACACUUCACAUCUGCUCCACAACUAGGAAAAUGGUCUGUAGAACGUUUGAUGUAGGAGACCCAAAGAGCUCAGCCAAGCCUGCUGAUUGGAAGCCCCAGGCAGGCGUGUGUGUGUCGUGGCCCGUGGUGACGUGUAGUGUGGAUGUGGACCUUCUGAUUCCCCUGGCGCACACACACUCUCCUGGGGACGUGGAGAGCUGCAUGAAGGCAGGGCUCCAGACCUGGGCUCAGCAGAUAGAGCGAGGUGUGUGUCUGCUGAACGGCAGAGUGAUGUCUGAUGACUCGGAGCUGGGAGGAGGAGGAGGAGGAGGAGGGCAGAAGAAAAACACGAAAGCCGUCCAGCAGACCUUCAGAGCCCAGAUCUUGGUCAAAACGGCGGCCCCUCCUCCAGAGCCAGGCCCAGCCCAGGUGGAGGCGUGUGGGGGCGUGGCCAGACUGGGGGGCGUGGUCAGCUGCAGAGCCUUCCUCCACAGCAACAAACCCAGAGCCAGGCAGGCUGCACAGGUUAUAAAGAGAGACGUCAUCGCCACGGUGACCACCAGGGUGGAGAUGCUGCUGGAGGACCACUUGAUGAGCGAGGGGGGCGACGGAGGGUUAGCAGGGGACCAGCAGCAGCUUCCUGUCAGGGUGUUUGCUGCGGCGCCGUGCGGAGGUGUGUGUGUGUGCGACUACAUGUUUGCCGACGAGGGAUUGGCUGACGUGAGCGAGCGAAUCAGAGAGAUGCUGGACUGGGACACGCCCCCGGAGGACUUGGAGGUCACACAGGAAGUCAGAUCAGAGCCCUGCUCUAUGAGCUCAGAGGAAGCAGAUCUUCACAAUGUCAUGACCCCGACGACCUCCAUGACCCCACAGGCCCCGCCCCCUGACCACCCCCAGAAAGAGAGUUCCUUACAGUACUACGCUGGUGUCGCCAUGGCAACGGCCGUCGCCCUCCUCGCCACGGCAACAUCACUGCUGUACCUCAGUGACUAAUGGAAUGUGGACACAUUCUUUCUCUUCCACCUUCAGAGUGUGUUGAUAUCCUUCCACUACUUGUUUGUUGAUUGAAUAAAAGUUGACAAUUGUCUUUCUGUAAGCAACAAGACUUUUAUUUUCAUUUUCAUAAAUUCUUAAUGAACAGACUUAAAUAAACGACAAACUAUUGCGUU